AUCCUGUGACCGUUAAUUGACAAAGUUUCUAUUAUAUUGCAAAACGCUCCAAAAAAACUCCAAUGGCGCGUGAGUGAACGAACGAAUGAACGUGUGGUGGCUCUUCGUCUUCCUCAUUUUUUUUUUCUCUCUACCCAGAUUCUCAUAACCCAAGAAUCAUCUUCUUCAUUACAGUUACACCCUCUUAUUACAUGUUGUAAUAACUAAUUUUUUUGAAAUGUUUUAUGUAGUACUUUGAUAAGGUACUUAUGAAUGUCAGUAUGUUUGAUGCAGUGGUCCACUGCUGCAAUCCCAGAGGUUACGACGUCAUUUUCCAGACGAGUUCCGCUAAAGCAGUUCCUCUGGCUGUCCACUCAUCUCCACAUUACCUCAACCACGUCUCCACCGUUCGAUCGAUUUCCACGUACCACCACAGGAUAAAUUACAAUCCCUUGUACAGAAUAAACAACGGUUUAAAGAGACGAACCCUGUCAUCGCCUCACUACAACAAUGCUGGUAAAGAAGGGUUUCGCUUCGUGAAACUCGGGCAGUCGAAACGAGUUCGUUUAAGGGUGCACGCAUCACUCGACGUUGCUGGUGCCGUUGAUGUUAUCAAUGAUUUGGGAUUGGACACUCUCACUUUCUUAGCUGUCACGGUUUUGGUCGUCCCCGGUUUCAAAAUGAUUAAGUCUAGUCCCAUUCUAGGUUUCUUCUUCGCAGGGGUUGUGCUCAAUCAACUCGGGCUUAUUAGAAAUAUCACCGAUGUUAAAGUUCUUUCCGAAUGGGGAAUUCUCUUCUUGCUAUUCGAGAUGGGUUUGGAGCUAUCACUUGCUCGUUUGAAGGCUCUUGCGAAGUUUGCGUUCGGCCUAGGGCUAACUCAGGUUUUACUGUCGACUCUGGCUUUUACGGCAUUUGAGCUUCCGCCAAACGGCGCUAUUGGAACACAAAUAUUGCAGUUUCUGUUCCACUCGAGAUCCGACUUGGUGAACAUUCGAAGCAUAGACGAAGCGGUGGUAAUUGGUGCUGCUCUUUCCUUGUCUUCUUCAGCCUUUGUUCUUCAGCUUCUUGCAGAGAAAGGGGAACUUCCCACAAGAUUCGGCUCUGCCACUCUCGGAAUACUUCUAUUGCAGGACAUUGCAGUUGUUCCACUUCUUGUGAUUCUGCCGGUUUUGGAAAGUCAGAGUUUCGUUGAAGAAAGUAUUUGGCCAAUGCUUGCGGCAGAAAGUUUAAAAGCUUUACUUGGAUUAGGUUUGCUGUCUCUUGGCGGAAAAUUUAUUCUCAGGCGCGUUUUCGAGGUUGUUGCAGACACGAGAAGUUCCGAAGCUUUUGUUGCCCUUUGCUUGCUUACUGUCGCAGGCACAUCGCUCAUUACACAGAAAUUAGGCUUCAGUGACACGCUAGGGGCAUUUCUGGCCGGUGCUAUUUUAGCGGAAACGAAUUUCCGCACGCAAAUCGAAGCCGAUAUUAGGCCGUUUAGAGGCUUACUUCUUGGAUUGUUUUUCGUGACAACCGGGAGUUCUAUAGAUAUGCAGCUACUUAUUCGAGAGUGGCCGAACGUAUUUUCACUAUUGGCCGGUUUAAUUGUUAUCAAGACAGCAAUUAUAACGGCAAUAGGUCCGCGAGUUGGUUUGUCUCUUCAAGAGAGUAUACGGAUCGGAUUUCUUCUUUCCCAAGGCGGCGAAUUCGGAUUCGUAGUUUUUUCUCUGGCAAAUAGGCUUGGAGUGCUGCCACUUGAACUGAACAAGCUUCUAAUAAUCGUGGUCGUUUUGUCAAUGGCGUUGACUCCACUGCUUAACGACGUAGGAAGAAAGGUGGCCGAUUUUGUCGGUAACAAAUUUGAAGAUGGGGCUAAAAUUGAUGAAUCGGUGAACUUCGACGCUAGUGAACCUGUUGUUAUAGUUGGAUUCGGUCAAAAGGCUCAGGUACUUGCCAAUUUCUUGUCGACUCCGUUGGCUUCUGGAAUAGACGGUGAUUCGGGUUGGCCUUACGUUGCUUUCGAUCUCGACCUUUCGGUCGUGAAGACAUCUAGAAAGCUCGGUUUUCCGGUACUGUACGGUGAUGGAUCUCGACCGGCAGUUUUGCAAUCUGCCGGUAUAAACUCUCCGAAAGCUGUUAUGGUUAUGUAUACUGGCAAGGAGAAAACACUGAAUGCUGUUCAACGGAUUCGUCUCGCCUUUCCUGCUAUUCCUAUAUACGCACGCGCUCAAGAUAUGAGGCAUUUGCUGGAUUUGAAGAAAGCAGGUGCAACUGACGCGAUUCUUGAAAACGCAGAGACGAGUUUGCAGCUAGGGUCGAAGCUAUUGAAAGGGCUGGGCGUGAUGUCAGACGACGUAAGCUUCCUAAGGCAGCUUCUAAGAGAUUCAAUGGAAUCGCAAGCUCAAGAAGCAUUAGGGAAAGCCGAUAAUCAAGGGUUGAAUGUUAUGAAACCAAUGCAGGUGAGGGCUGCGGAUUUAGUUGGUGUGUAUCAACCGUCGGAAAACGGAAAAAUUAAUAAUGAAGAUAGCCUCGUAACUUCUGCAAGACUGGAGGCCGAAGAAGCUAGAGGUGUCUUGUACUGUGACAUUGGUCCCGAUGAAAUUGAAAAGAAAAAUCGAGUCGGUGCUGCAGUUGAAGAGCCUGGAAAGAGGGUUUGAUUCUUUAUCGAGCCUCGUGUUUCGUAAAUUUUAAUAAUAAUGUAUUCAUGGAGCAUAUUAUGUUUUUGUAGAUGAGAAAAAAAACAUUCUAUUCUUGUUUUUGAGCCACACUGUAUAUACAUAUAUUUUUAUUUAUCAGCUACUAUUGUUAUUAAUUUUUUUAAUA